CCAGGUUUCAGACAAUCGUUGAAUGCAGCAUAUAUAGACGGACAUAGAUUCACCUAUCUCGGGCCUUGCAUGUUUGUGAACCACACUACCUGAUUCCUUCAGACCAAGAUGUCAGCUUCAAUCGCCCCCGAGUGCAACGAUAUCAAAGAAAAGUAUGACACAUGUUUCUUGAAAUGGUACAGUGAGAAAUACCUCCGUGGCAACACCACCUCCAAUGAAUGCGAGGAGCUCUUCACCAAGUACAAGGCUUGCCUAAAUCUCGCUCUGAAAGAAAAAGGCAUCGACAACAUGCUCGACGAUGCACGAAAGAGUAUGAAGGACAGCGAGGCCGGGAAGAGCUGAUGCUGCCAUCUUCACUUCUAUUCUUUCCUGCAUCGCUUCUCUUCUCACUCACAAAUACAUUAUCUCAGGAGAUGAGGAUAUGGCCAUCUCCACUCCGACUAAGCGGUUUCAAAAAGGCCCCAAUCCCGCCCUCAAGCAGCUAUCUCAUCUCUAUGUUGUGGGAUAAUUCUGUCUCAUCAGCUUCUGCAAAUCCGAGCAAGAACGACUCAUAUGAUUGUACUAUAUGUUGUUUUGGCGUUGUGGCUGCAUCUUUCUAGAUACUCCUGCUUUCACGACAGGAUUAUGGCAUUGAGCAAAUGUGGCUCGUUUGUGGCAUAGAACACGAGCUAUGUAUCUAGUCUGUACUAUAUCUGAUGUAACAUUCGAU